AUAUUCCUCCUUUCUCAAGGCUUCCAUCUUCCCUGUCUACAUUCCUUCGUCGUCCAAAUGUAUGGAACUUGAAUGAUUUUCGUGUCUCGUUAUGGGGUGGCUAGCUGCAUGCGUCGUUAUUCUUACUGCGGCUCUGGCUUUCAAGAACCGGCACCGCGUGCUGAGACGGGAAAAUACGGACGCUAUCAAUUCUGUAAAUAAUGUGAGAGCAAGUACACGAUGCACGUCAUGUCGGAGUCCCUCGCUAAACCGUCCUGAUAAUCUCUCACCGUUAUCUUUGCCUACAGGAAGCCCGAUUCUCUGACAGUCUCUCAGCAAUGGUCGUAUUGGAAGAAACAAUUCGCAUGCACAAGGACAUCCAAGUAUCGAAAAUCCUCGUGCAUCCUAUCAAAAGCUGUCGUGGAACCUCACUUCAAUCAUGUCGUUACUCACCUGAAGGCUUAGAGCACGACAGGAGGUUUUGCAUCAUUGAAGCCAAUUCUCACAAAGUAAUUACUGCUCGGGAAGUAGCCAAGAUGGUUCUAAUCACUCCACGUAUUGAAACGGACGACAGAUCACCUCAUGGUGGUGUACUAAAAAUUUCCUUCCCGGAGAAUUCAGGUUGCGAAUCAUUCGCUGUGCCUCUGUACCCGGUCGAAGAGAGAUGGGAAAGGUUAAGUAAUAUCGCACUGUGGGGACACGAAGUUGACGGGUUCAUCUGUGAAAAUCAAAACUCGAGUGGACGCUCCCCGUCCACGAUUCUCUCCGAAUAUUUUGGACGUUCUGUUCAUCUGACUGUGAAGGGGAACAAACCUCGGCCUUGUGAUCCAACUGAUUCCUUCCCAGGUCUUAAGGCUACAACUUUGUAUCAAGACGGGUAUCCGCUCCUUGUUCUCUCUGAAGAGAGCAUCGAUGUAUUGCAUGAAGAGAUCCGCUCGCGAGUUGGGAUGCAGGGUAUUGCGGAUCAGUGGUCUAAGCAGGAGUUCGUCAUUGAAAGGUUCCGACCUAAUAUAGUUCUUCGGGGUGCCGGUCCUUUUGCGGAAGAUAAUUUCGAAGAGAUCAGCAUUGGCUCAGAUGAUGAUUCCGAAAUAACAGGAGAGAAACAACCUGGGAUUCUCCUCGUAAGCAAGUGCGCUCGGUGCCUGCUGCCUAAUGUUUGCCCAGACACCGGUGUACGAGAUAAAGCCGUACCGUACAAGGUAUUAAUGAAAUUCCGGAUUGGAUUGGACCCUCAAAACAAAAUGAAGCCAUGUGUUGGCUGUAACGGGGUUCCACUAGGGAGUGGGAUCAUUCAAGUGGGUGAUUCAGUGAAUGUAAGGAGAAUUAUUGCCGCUUAGUGCGUUGUAUGUGCGUCAGCAUCUUCCACCAUUAUGCAGCAUUAAGCUCGCUGAAUUACAACUAAUUUGUAAUACCAUAUGGAUCCGAUUAGUAGUCGCCCUGAUAUUCCCUGAUGUUUUACUGUAGCUUAUCGAUUCAUGUGCUUUCACGA